GUGCGUGUCAGGCUACUGGGGGCUGUGAUUAUAGAAACAUUUGCCUCCCCACAGACACCUGCAGAAAACGUAACGUAGCUCUCGGCAAACAAGCGAUCAUGAGUUCCACCUAUAACAGUCCAAAGUACAACGAGGUAUCUGGUCCUGCAUGUCUGGCCGUCAAUGGGAACACUGACACCAUCUUCAGAUCCAUCAACCAGUUUCCAGCGAACCCCAACUGUGUCCACACUGCGGAUGAAGACAUGAGUCCCUUCUGGGAGGUCGACUUAGGCGAUGAGUUCCUUAUUAUUGGAGUCACAGUCACUGGACGAGAUAAAAAAAUUAAAACCAAGAGCAGCAUGAAACUAAGUGUGGACAAGAAGGAACUCUACAUUUUUCCCCCAAUAAAUGAUUUACUGAAGACAGAAAUAUCCUUCAACAAGACGAUAAGAGGGAGAACAGUGAGAUUGUCUCAGAACACAACUGUCCACCCAGACAUAUACCCGUUCAUUAUCCUGUGCGAGGUACAGGUGUGGGCUUGCGUGGACAACUACUACGGACGAGACUGCAGCCUGAGGUGUGGGACGUGCCGGGUCGGGUCUGACUGUGAUCCCAUCACAGGAAACUGUUUAAGUGGAUGCGAGGAUGGAUGGCAGGGCCCCAGAUGUAAUCACACUUGCCUAGCCGGUGCAUACGGCAGUAACUGCACUCACAGGUGUGGCCAGUGCAGUCAAGGUGUUCCUUGUAACCCCAUCAACGGCAGCUGUGACACAGGUUGUUCCGACGGUUUUCAAGGGGACAAGUGUGAUCAAGCUUGUCCAGGGGGGACUUUCGGAAACAACUGCACUUUGAAGUGUGGAAAGUGCAGUCGUAACAGUACCUGUCAUCCGAUAGACGGCAGGUGUGAGGCAGGUUGUGCCGACGGCUUUCUAGGAAACAGGUGUGAUCAAGUUUGCCCAGUCGGUGUCUAUGGACACAAUUGCAGUCGACUGUGUGGACACUGUAGUCAAGGUGAGCCUUGUAGUCCUACUGACGGCAGGUGUCACACAGGUUGUGCUGGCGGCUUGCUUGGAGAAAGAUGUGAUGAAGCUUGCCAGCCAGGAACCUAUGGCCAGAACUGCAGUGUAAAGUGUGGACACUGUAGUCAAGGUGCUCCUUGUAGUCCAACCAACGGCGUGUGUCAAGAAGGUUGUGCUGAUGGCUUCCGUGGACAAAGGUGUGAUGAAGCUUGUCCUGGAGGAACAUACGGCAGCAACUGCACCAGGAGCUGUGGCAGGUGUAGUGACGACACGGACUGUAUCCCGACAGACGGCAGGUGUGAGACAGGAUGUGCCGACGGUUUUCUUGGAGACAGGUGUGAUCAAGUUUGCCCAGCGGGAACCUACGGCAUGAACUGUGGUCUGAAGUGUGGGAAUUGUAGUCACAACACAUCCUGUGAUCCCACACACGGAGGGUGUAGGGCAGGCUGUGCUGACGGUUUUGUAGGAGACAGGUGUGAUCAAGCCUGCCCACCGGGAGAGUACGGUAGUAACUGCAGUGUGAAGUGUGGGAACUGUAGUCACAACACUGCCUGUAGGCCGACAGACGGCAGGUGUGAGACAGGGUGUGCUGAUGGCUUUGUAGGAGACAGGUGUCGUCAAGUAUGUCCAGAGGGAACAUACGGCAAGAGCUGCACCCUGAACUGUGGUCACUGCAGUCUGCUCCUUCUCUGUAGUCCGAUAGAUGGUCGUUGUCAUACAGGUUGUGCCGACGGCUUUAUAGGAGACAGGUGUGAACAAGUUUGCCCAGUCGGUGUCUAUGGACACAAUUGCAGUCGACUGUGUGGACACUGUAGUCAAGGUGAGCCUUGUAGUCCUACUUACGGCAGGUGUCACACAGGUUGUGCUGACGGCUUUCUUGGAGGAAGGUGUGAUGAAGCUUGCCAGCCAGGAACCUAUGGCAAGAACUGCAAUGUAAAGUGUGGAAACUGUAGUCAAGGUGCUCCUUGUAGUCCAACCAACGGCGUGUGUCAAGAGGUUGUGCUGAUGGCUUCCGUGGACAAAGGUGUGAUGAAGCUUGUCCUGGAGGAACAUACGGCAGGAACUGCACCAGGAGCUGUGGCAGGUGUAGUGACGACACGGACUGUAGCCCGACAGACGGCAGGUGUGAGACAUGCUGUGACGACGGUUUUCUUGGAGAAAGGUGUGGUGAAGCUUGCCAGCCAGGAACAUAUGGCAACAACUGCUCCGUGGCUUGUGGUAGCUGUAGUGGAGGUGAUGCUUGUAACCCCACAGACGGCAGGUGUGAGGCUGGUUGUACUGAUGGAUACAUGGACGACAGGUGUCAUAAAGUUUGCCCCGGGGGUACCUAUGGCAAGAACUGCAGUGUAAAGUGUGGAAACUGUAGUCAAGGUGAUACUUGUAGUCCAACCAACGGCGUGUGUCAAGAGGGUUGUGCUGAUGGCUUUCGUGGACAAAGGUGUGAUGAAGCUUGUCCUGGAGGAACAUACGGCAGGAACUGCACCAGGAGCUGUGGCAGGUGUAGUGACGACACUGACUGUAGCCCGACAGACGGCAGGUGUGACACGGGAUGUGCCGACGGUUUUCGUGGAGACAGGUGUGAU